AUGCUGGGUCCUCAUGUCGAUGCACCAUCCGCCCAACUUCUCUUGCCGCAGGCUAAACAAAUUCCCCCGGCCGCGUGGCAGGUUAUUAGAAACGUUCUGGAUCAGAAUCCGCAAGCAAGAGAUGAUGUGAGCUGCCUGACCAAAUUAUUAGCGGGUGAGGGCCAGGCGACCAAUGGCAUCAAUACGGAUGGCCUCGAUGCCAAUACAGCCGCGGAGCCCUCCGACUUUUCACUGAAGCCUGCAGAAAGGCUUCCGUUGACAGAUCAAUGCCACCACUAUACAGGCAAGCACGAGGUUCCCUGGGACAUUCAAAAGUAUUUCAGCCAACGGUACUCCAUCUUCUCAUACUAUGAUGAUGGAGUUCAUAUGACUGAUGAUGCUUGGUUUGGUGUAACACCUGAGCCGGUAGCUAACCAAAUCGCAUACGAGCUAUCUGAGGACCAUUAUGACCCAAAGAAGACCAUUCUUAUCGAUGCUUUUAGCGGUGCCGGGGGCAACACCAUAGCCUUUGCCCUGUCAGAACGAUGGAGCCGCAUAAUUGCUAUUGAAUGCGACCCUGCAACACUUGCGUGUGCCCAGCACAAUGCCGAGCUCUACGGUGUUAACCCAAGCGCAGUAACUUGGAUCCUGGGUGACAGCUUUGAGUAUCUUGAUCAGCUGGUCAAUAACCCAGAAAAGCUACAUCCAGAUCUUAAAGUUGAUAUACAGUCAACAAUGGUGUUCGCCAGCCCCCCUUGGGGAGGGCCUGGGUACAGAACCGACGAGAUUUUUGACCUGAGUACUAUGCAGCCAUACAGCCUAAGUCAACUACACGAAGCUUACAAGAAAAUGGACCAUUUGCUAUUCCUUCCAAGGACAAGCGACAUUCGUCAGAUUGCGAAACUCGCACCCAAGGGGGAAAAGCUGGAGGUUAUCCAAUACUGCAUAGAAGGGGCCAGCAAGGCCAUGGGCGCCUACAUUCCAGCGGAGAAGUCGCCAGCGUCUAACGAGUGA